AUGGAAAUGCCUGAACUCGCUGAAGAAACAAAUGACUUUCCUUUAUCGAAGAAAGGCGAAAUUCAGUUUUCUGUAUGCGGAUUGUGCAACUCGCCGAAAAGUCUUGGCAAUGCCGAUCAACUACACUGCUGGAACCUCAUUCAACACGUCUACACGCACAUGGUUCAGAGGGCAAUGACCUGCAAUGAGUGUGGAUACCAAGCUCAUCGAAGUCAAGGAAUGGCCGUUCAUGUCAGACGACAUCAUAAUCGAAAGGAAGUGGUCAUCUUAUAUCCCUCGAACCUGAAGGCCUAUAUGGAAGAGCUGAAAGAUGUGGCGAGAAGAUGCUUUCCUACUUAUUUUGAACGCUUCAAAUCUCACUUUAUCAAUUUGGAGGAAGCUAUGAAAGCCGGAUCAGGCUCAAUGUCCACAGGAAGCAACAGGCCAAGCACUGAGAGGAAAUUAGGACUUGGAAUCAAUGAUCACCUGUUCGUAAGCUUGGGUCUGGAUUUUUCCAAGGAAAAGGCAGGUGACGAAGACAACAUUGGAGGACUUCUGGGAUUUCAUAUGCCAAAGGGUGACCUUGUGGCUGAUGCACGACCUUCUCCGAGUUUUCAUGAUGACUCUACAAAUAUCGAUUUUCGGGACGACGAGAUCGAAAACUCGACUUUGGCUGGGCUCUUUCGGGGAAUCUUCGACUCUCCCCGCAAAAAGACAACUGUGGCCAGUGACGGAGAGAUCAAGAUUCGACCUCCUCUCUUCCUAAAACAAGGUUUGAUGAAGCAAGAACCAGUGAAAUCGGCUGGAGGUCAAACAAAAAAGGACGUUUUUGCUCAAGCACUCGUGGAUUCUGAUGGUGAAAAGGAAAGUUUUAUUGGGAAGAACAGGCCAAUGCUUCAAAUUAGGCCAAUUCACGGCAAUAAGCCGGAAAUUCCAAAGAUGUUACCCUUGAGUAUUCCAUCUAUCAAUCCACUGAAGAGAGCCCUUGAUGCCGCAAAUGAAGAAGUUAUUGUUUUGAAGAAGAAAGUGUGUGAACACACGACUACCAUUUCCGAGUUGUACGCCAUAUUGGGAGAGAAAGAGCUUCAGAUGCGACGUUUGAAAGCCGAACGUGAUGCCGCUGUUUAUAAGAGUAGUGGACCGCGCAAACAAGACCCAUCAGCCAGU